AUGAGCCGAUCAAUAUUGGCAAAUAAAUUUGAUGCAUCAUUUUCAACAACACCAACAAGUGAAUCCACUACUAUUCAUCUAACUACAUCUCCAACAGCAACAACACCGGUGAUAAAAAAAACACCUUCACCUCGUCGUCUAACACCGAGAACUGCAAAUUCAAUUAAUAAUAAUAAUAAUAAUAAUAAUAAUCACACUUUACCUCCUCCACCGAAUGAAACAACGGCGGCGAAUAAUAGUACACGUGUAAUUAAGCCGAUAGCUGUAAGAGCAUCAGAUACCGUGCCAUAUAAUCUUCGAAGUCGUUCAAAAUUAAAAUCGAAUGAUCAAACAAAACUAAUACCAUCGUUUAAUACAAAAUUGUCUUUAGGUAAAACGUCAGCAGAACAAGUUUCGACCACUUCUAUUGACGAUGACUCAUUUUCAGAACAGCAAAAUAGAAUUUCAUCUAUGUCUGCAACUUCGGUAUCGAAUGAAACAGUACAACAAAAGUCAGAUAAAAAAUUAACAUCACCACCUCUCACUCGGUCAGCUGCUGCAUCGGCUGGUGUCAAAAUUGAUGAUUUAGUUGGUUUAUCGACACCUUUGUCGUGUAAAUUAACAUUAUCAUAUGUGCCAUCUAUCCAAACAACGACUUGCACGAACACUACAAAUACGACUAAUAAUAAUACAAAUAUAAAUGUAAUGAAAAUCAUGCGAAGUCAAUCACAACAAGAACAACAAGAACAACAUGUCGUUAUGACACGUUAUGCAACACGCAAACGUAAAUGUGAAGAUGAUCAUCGACCAUAUUUAAAUUUAUUGAAAAUGAAACAGAUAACACAAUCAAUGCGUCAUCAAAGUGGUCCAUUACGUGAUCCAGACGAUGAAGAUAGCGGUUGUGAUUAUGAUUCUCCUGCUCAUUCACCCGUUGAAUUUACCGAUUUACCACCACAACAGUUUGAAGAUAGUAAUAUGAGUUAUGAUUCUGGCUUUUCCGCUGGUUCCGGUGAACAUAAAUAUACAGAUCUCGAUAUAACUGAAAUUGAAAAUCAUUAA